AUGAGGCCCAUUCUUCUUCAGGGACACGAGCGAUCACUCACCCAGGUCAAGUUCAACGCCGAGGGUGACCUCAUCUUCUCCGUUGCCAAGGACCACGUCGUCAAUGCCUGGUACUCGCACAAUGGAGAGCGUUUGGGAACAUAUAACGGACACAAUGGUGCCAUCUGGACCGUGGACGUCAACAGAACUUCUACUCUUGUCGUUUCCGGAUCAGCAGACAACACGUUGAAGCUUUGGGACGCGAAGACUGGACGAUGCAUCAAGACUUGGGAGUUCCCUACUGCUGUGAAGCGCGCGGAGUUCAAUGAGGACGGAAGUUUGUUGUUGUGUGUUACUGAGCAGCGUAUGGGUUAUCUCGGUACCACUAAGGUUUUCGAGAUCGUGAACGACGUCGAUGCUGAGCAGUCCGACGAGCCAAUUAUAUCUAUUCCUUCGCGCGAAUCCAAGGCCACCGUCGCUGGCUGGUCCUACCUUUCCAAUUACAUCAUCAUGGGUCACGAGGACGGCUCCGUCUCACAAUGGGACUGGAAGAACGAAGAGCGACUUAACAUCGUCCAAGCACACGAAAAGGGCUUCGUCAUCACCGACCUCCAAUUCUCCCCCGACAGAACCUACUUCAUCACCUCCUCCAAAGACAAGACCGCAAAGAUCCUCGACACCAACACCCUGCAGGUCUUGAAGACCUUCACGACCGAUACCCCCCUUAACUCCGCCGCGUUGACUCCUACCAAGGACUUCGUUAUUGUUGGUGGCGGGCAGGAGGCAAGAGAUGUCACUACGACUUCGCAGAGACAAGGAAAGUUCGAGGCGAGAUUUUACCACAAGAUCUUUGAGGACGAGAUUGGACGUGUGAGGGGACAUUUCGGCCCUCUGAAUACUGUUGCGGUUCACCCGGCUGGUACGGCGUACGCGAGUGGAGGAGAGGAUGGUUACGUGCGAUUGCAUCACUUUGACCCCAGUUACUUUGAUUUCAACAUUGCGUACUAA